GGUGCGCUCCGUGCGCUCUGCUGGAGCUGGAACCCCGGCGCGCCAAGUUCACGGUACUGGGCUGGCGCGGCGGUUCAUGUGGCGGGCGCGCGGCCGGAUGCGAGUCGGCGGGAAAAUUUGAACCAGUGUGAUGGCGACUUCGGUCAAUGGUUCGCAGAAGGAUGUGAACCUAUGGUCCUCACAUGAUAAGAUGUUGGUGCAGCCCCUCAAGGACAGCGACAUUGAGGUUUACAACAUCAUUAAGAAGGAGAGUAACCGGCAGAGAGUCGGACUGGAGUUGAUCGCCUCAGAGAAUUUCGCCAGCCGAGCAGUUUUGGAGGCCCUGGGUUCCUGCUUAAAUAACAAAUACUCUGAGGGGUACCCGGGCCAGAGAUAUUACGGUGGGACUGAGUUUAUCGAUGAGCUGGAGACACUUUGCCAGAAGCGAGCACUGCAGGCCUAUCAUCUGGACCCACAGUGCUGGGGGGUCAACGUCCAGCCCUACUCAGGCUCCCCUGCAAACUUUGCAGUGUACACUGCCUUGGUGGAACCCCAUGGGCGUAUCAUGGGCCUGGACCUACCUGAUGGGGGCCACCUGACCCACGGGUUCAUGACGGGCAAGAAGAAAAUCUCUGCUACAUCCAUCUUCUUUGAAUCUAUGCCCUAUAAGGUGAACCCAGACACUGGCUACAUCAACUAUGACCAGCUGGAGGAGAACGCCCGCCUCUUCCACCCGAAGCUGAUCAUUGCAGGAACCAGCUGCUACUCCCGAAAUCUAGACUAUGCACGAUUGCGGAAGAUUGCAGAUGAGAAUGGGGCGUUUCUUAUGGCAGACAUGGCACACAUCAGCGGGCUGGUGGCGGCCGGCGUGGUGCCCUCUCCUUUUGAACACUGCCAUGUGGUGACCACCACGACCCACAAGACCCUGCGAGGCUGCCGAGCUGGCAUGAUCUUCUACAGGAGAGGACUUCACAGUGUGGAUCCCAAGACUGGCAAGGAGUACAACCUGGAGUCACUCAUCAACUCCGCCGUGUUCCCAGGCCUGCAGGGAGGUCCCCACAACCAUGCCAUUGCUGGAGUUGCUGUGGCCCUGAAACAAGCCAUGACUCCAGAAUUUAAACUUUAUCAGCACCAGGUAGUGGCCAACUGCAGGGCUCUGUCUGAGGCCCUCAUGGAGCUGGGCUACAACAUAGUCACAGGUGGUUCUGACAAUCAUCUGAUCCUCGUGGAUCUCCGUUCCAAAGGCACAGAUGGUGGAAGGGCUGAGAAGGUGCUAGAAGCCUGUUCUAUUGCCUGUAACAAGAAUACCUGCCCAGGGGACAGAAGUGCACUGCGGCCCGGUGGACUGCGACUUGGGACCCCAGCACUGACAUCCCGAGGACUUUUGGAAAAAGACUUCCGAAAAGUAGCUCACUUUAUUCACAGAGGGAUCGACCUGACCCUGCAGAUUCAGAAUGACAUCAGCCUCAAGGCCACCCUGAAGGAGUUCAAGGAGAAGCUGGCAGGGGAUGAGAAGUACCAGCGGGCUGUGCGCGCUCUCCGGGAGGAGGUUGAGAGUUUCGCCAGUCUCUUCCCUCUGCCUGGCCUGCCCGACUGCUGACGAAGCCAGACUGUACCACCGCGCCACCAGAUGUGGGGACUGCCAAGGAAGCCGCCAGCAAGCUGCCCCACGGGGACCUUCUUAGCUUCUUUGUGCCCUUUGAGAGGCUUUCUUUUGGGCUUACAAGUUUUUACAAAUCAAAAUUUAAGUCCUAUUGCUAGUAAUUCUGGGACAAGUUCUUAAAGAAUUUAAAUUUGAACCUCUUUCUCAGCUACAUAUAGUUAUUCUAGAAAGAUAAAGUUAAAACAUCAUUUAGACAGUGGUGUAGGGCAAAACGACUAGAAAGAUUCCAUCAUUUUACUCCUACUUCUCAGAGUUACUGGGCUUUCCCCUGACUUGCUGGAACACAUAAGAAAUACCCAAAUACAUAGCUUGUAAAUGCUG